UUUUUUUUGCAACGGCCCUCCGGAGGGGGUGGGGGUGACGGCGGCUUCGGCCAAGUUCGCCCCGGUUCUCCGAAACCGUCAGGAGGGCAAGUUUGGGGGGAGAGAGAAGAGAAGAGAAGAAGACCGAGUCCGGGAGCACACGAGCCGGGAGGGGAAGAGGGCUCGGCUUUUCCCCCUGAGGGGGGGCCAGAGCCUCUAGUUCGAGAGGCCCUUCAGGAAGGGAAGGGAACGAGCUCUUCGGGUCCCGUUUUUCUCUCCUUCCCGGGCAGUCCCUGCGACGAGAGGAGAGCCACUUUUCCUGGCCGGCUCUUGAGUUCCACGUUGCGAGAGGCCCCUCGGCUAUGGAAGUGGAGCCGCCGCCCGCCUGACCGAGGGCAGCCGCCUUUGCCCUCCCGCUCCCCCUCAGAAAGAGGCUGGUGGAUAGUAAUGAUAAGGACUCGCAGGGAGGAGAAAGAUCACAUGAAGGGGAUCUUGGCUCCGAAGAACUAGGUCUCGGAAGAGAGCGGAGAGCAUUAUCGUUCUCGGGGCGGGGGAGUGCCCCUGAAAUGAUGGCGGAUCAGGAGGGAGAGGUGAGAUGGGACGGGCUGCGCAGCCGGGAGCCGAGCGCCAGAGACGGCGCUUUGGAAACUAUAAAGCAGGUGGUGCUCAAGAGAUGCGAAGCGGCGUUGGCAACCCGGGCCAAAGGAAACGCGACUCCUCCUGCGCCGGCGGAGGAAGGGCUCUCGCCCCUUCGGGAUGCAGCUCGGAGCGGCUUGAACCAGGUGCUAGCUCGCUUGCUUAUGCUGUCGGAGAGAUGCCCCUUCCGGGACGUGAGAGAGAAGUGCGAGGCCAUUCUAAAAAGUGUUCAGGAAUCUGGAAUUAGGAUCCCCAGACCACUGGGACAAGGACCAAGCAGAUUCAUCCCAGAAAUGGAGAUUCUCCAAGUGAGUGCUGAAGAUCCCCAAAUGCAUGCUUUGUUUGCAGAGUCUUUCACAACUUUAGGGCACUUGGACAACAUUACCUUGGUGAUGGUUUUCCACCCUCAGUAUCUGGAAAGCUUUCUAAAGACUCAGCAUUAUCUGUUGCAGAUGGACGGACCACUGCCUCUUCACUAUCGACACUACAUAGCUAUCAUGGCUGCAGCGCGACAUCAGUGCUCCUAUUUGGUUAACCUUCAUGUCAACUACUUUUUGCAUGUUGGGGGAGAUCCUAAGUGGCUGAAUGGUCUCGAGAAUGCACCUCAAAAACUGCAGAAUUUGGGUGAAUUAAAUAAAAUCUUGGCACACAGACCAUGGCUCAUUACCAAAGAACAUAUUGAACAUCUUCUCAAGACUGAAGAGCAUAGCUGGUCCCUGGCAGAACUGAUCCAUGCUGUAGUGCUUCUUACACAUUAUCAUUCACUUGCCUCUUUCACAUUUGGUUGUGGAAUCAAUCCAGAAAUUCAUUGUGAUGGUGGUCACACAUUCAGGCCUCCUUCUGAUAAUGACUAUUUCAUUUGUGACAUUACAAAUGGAAACCAUGGUGCAUAUGAGAUGCAAGAUCCAGCUGUAAAUACUACUUUUACAGAGCCUCUGUGUGAAGUAGAAGCACUUAUGGAAAAAAUGAAACAACUACAAGAAUGCAGAGAUGAAGUUAAAGCAAGCCAAGAAGAAAAGGCUACUCGAUUUGAGAAAGAGAAGAGAGAAAGCAUGUUGGUGGGUUGUUCAGAGGAUGAAGAAUCAGCACCAUCAAGAGAUGUGUCACGCCAUUUUGAAGAUACUAGCUAUGGUUAUAAAGAUUUCUCCCGGCAUGGAAUGCAUGUGCCUACCUUCCAUGUUCAGGACUACUCAUGGGAAGACCAUGGUUAUUCACUGGUAAAUCGACUGUACCCAGAUGUUGGACAGCUAAUAGAUGCGAAGUUUCAGAUUGCUUACAACCUAACCUACAACACAAUGGCCAUGCAUAAAGAUGUUGAUACCUCAAUGCUUAGACGGGCAAUCUGGAAUUAUAUCCAUUGUAUGUUUGGAAUAAGGUAUGAUGAUUAUGACUAUGGUGAAAUUAACCAGCUACUGGACCGCAGCUUUAAGAUUUAUAUCAAAACUGUGGUGUGUGCACCUGAAAGGACCACAAAUAGAAUGUACGAUAGCUUCUGGAGACAGUUCAAACACUCUGAGAAGGUUCAUGUCAAUUUGCUUCUCAUAGAAGCACGGAUGCAGGCUGAACUGCUUUAUGCUCUGAGAGCAAUUACUCGCUACAUGACCUGAAAUCUUUGGCUAAUGAUGAUGAAGAUGCAGGAGGUGCUGCCUGUGAGGAGAUAGAAAUGAGCUUCAGAACCAGUGGUUGCCAAGUGCUAUGAGAUCCAUUGUGCCAUAACUCUUUUCUGUUUCAGUUCCUUCCCCAAGGAGAUGUCACUACUGUUGCAGAGCUGUUGUAGGAGAAAGAGAUGUUCAAAGAUUCUCCCUGAUCACUACAGCUGCUCCUGUUAGCAUGAGAAACCAUGAUUUGUGGCAGACAAGUAGUUAAUUAUGCAAAUCUUGUAUUGUUGCAAGUAGUAAACAGAAUCUGGAGCACAAAGAAUUGAAUAAAACAUCUGCCUUUGAUACAAGUGAUUUUCUUAAAGAAAAGCCCUAAUGCUGCUGUAUUUGCUGGUGUAAUGAAGAUGUUAGUAAUUCCAAUUAAGCUUUGAGUGAAAGCAAGCAGUGCUGUUAUCUGAGCCUACCUUUAAUGUGUAUUAAAGAAAGUCCUUGCAAGUCAUUAGAAACUGAAUUGUACAUCACACUAAUAGUUUUGAUUGCAACAGAAACUUCUUGCUGUUAUUUAGUUGUGUGCUACUGGCCUCAACUUGUUCACAGCUGUGUGGUUAAAUCAACAGAGUGAGGAGGAGUGAGAGUUUUCAAAGCUGCUUAAGAAAGACUGCAACUAUGUGAAAUGCUAAAUACUUGAGACCAGUGUCCUGUUUCUCCUCCCAUUGUUCUUAAGAACUAGCUAAGGUGUGGGAAUAUUAAUUUGGACCGUCAAGUAGCUUCUCACUGCACUGCUUAUUUGUAGCCAUGACUUGUCAUUUAGCAAUGGCUUGUGUAGCUAAACAGGAAAUAUUAAAACAAGUUUGGUAUACAUCUGUUCUUUGAAAAUAUAUGGAAGCUUUUCACUGAGCAUGAACUGCUCUGAAAUCAGUAUUACUGAAUUUUUUAAAUAAAACAUUUUCUCUCUUGUA